AUGAAGGAAUGUGGGAAGAAGGAUAUGACCGUUGAGCAAGUCGACGAAGCAAUGAAGAAUGCCAGCACCAAGACACAAAUGAGUUUGUGGAAGGCCUUCGAGACCAGUAGGAUUGCAGAAGGCCACCAGGAUGAGUUCCUCAAAGCCUCUGGAUCGGUGGGCUCCACGAAGAAGAAAAGGAAGAUGCUGAGCUCGUGGAUAUUGGACGGGGGGAAGUUCACGAAGCACUACAAGCAAGCAAUUCAGAACUAUAGCACCGGAGCACCUAGGAUGCUGAGGGCCAAGCAGCAAGUAAAGUGGAUUUGGCUUUCAAGGACGGAAGCGGAACGCCGCAUAGGCGCUGAGGAACUCAAGGAUCGUGUGCAGAGAAAGACGAUUGUGUGGCGCCGCAAUCCAGAAGACCAGAAAUAUUUCCAAUUCAGGUUUGCGAAAGAGUCCGACGAAGUCUGGACGGAGAAGUCGCAGCAGAGGAGCGGAUUCUCCGAGGCAGGGGCAACUAAGGAGGACAUGCUCGAAUGGAAAAGGGGAAUGAAAGAGGGGCCGGUCAUGGUGGAUGACUUCGACUUCGAAGAGGGGUCAGGCGACGAGGUCGACCCGGACGAGGACCCCCUGGGGUUGGCUACCACCAAGGGUAGGGGGAGGAAGGAGAAGGAGGAGGGAGGAAAAGAAGAAAAAAGAAACAAGUGGGAGAAUGAAAGCCAGGCCAGCCGGUGUAAGCUAGCAGCUAGCACAUGUUGCUGGGUUGGUAAGCCCUUAGCUGGGUUGGUAAGCCCUUGGCAUCAAAUCCAAACCCCAGAUGCUAAACUAAACCGUUUACCCGAACUCUAG